GUAGGCAAGUACGGUCAUUCUUGUUUGGCACUAGUCUUGUGGCGGACGUGACGCGCUAGGAAAUAAAUAUUUUGAAUUUGUUCAUAUCUGUUUAUAAAUAAAUAUUGUUCAGUGUAUCUAUUUGGCAAACAUUCGAGGUAUAUUCAGAAUGAAGGCAAUAUUGACGAUAUUUGUUUUGUGUCUGCUGAGUCUACAUAUAGAAGGUAAAUGGAGUCCAGAUUUCGACGAAAGUCGAAAUGAAUACAGAAACUACCGUGACGCAGCGAAUGAGGUUUCGACCCGUCGACCAAAUUAUAACAUAGUCGAUCCACCAGACCAUACCAAACUGAUUCCAAUGGCGAGAUACGUGCUUCAUAAUACUGAUUGGGCAUCAAUAGCUACUAUAUCCACAUUACCGGCCAUUCAAGGUUUCCCAUUUUCAAAUAUCAAAUCGAUCGUGGACGGCUCGCUUGCUAACUCUACGGGUGUACCAUAUUUCUACAUGUCACCUUUGGAUUUCACUGCGAGAGAUUUGUCUAGAAACAGCCGUGCCACUGUUCUCGUGUCCCUCGAGCAAACGGACUAUUGCAUUAAAGAGAAAAUUGAUGCUGAAGAUCCCCGCUGCACCAGGCUUAUACUCACUGGGAAAAUGAAGAAGGUAAGAGAGGGCACUCCUGAAUACAUUUUCUCAAAGGCAGCCUUAUUCGAGAGACACCCAGCAAUGGCAAACUUCCCAGUAGAUCAUAAUUGGUUCAUCGCAAAGUUGAAGAUCGCUCAGAUUGCAAUGAUCGACUGGUUUGGAGGAGCUAAAUACAUCCCUGUAAAGGAUUAUCUGGCUUAUAACUACACAGGCACUGAAAUGAUUCAAAGAUACAAUGAAUUGUAUAGGAAAACCGACUCUUAAUUGUAAUAAGAUUAGUAGUAUAUCGAGACUCAUUGAGAAUGUGUGAUAAACUUAGGUAAUUACUUUUUGUUGUAGGAUAUAAGUACAAACAAAUAAGAACGCAAAUACAUAUUUACAAGUAAUAUGUUUUUAUAAUAGUUUUUUUGGAGUAUUUAAAUUAAAUUAUUAUUACAGUUGAAAGAUAAUAUAUGCAUGAUAUAGAAUAAAAGAUAUAAAAGUAUAUAA